UUGUGUUUAAUGCUUCCCAUGCACUGAAUAAUGAACAAUGUGAAACAACUUUAACAACUUUUUGGGAUGUAGGCAUGAUAUAUAUUUACUCAGUGUUGUUCGGUUGCUGGAACUAAUUUAUUCUACUAAUACUAGCGUGAGAAGAGCUGAUGACUCCAAUGUGUUUUGUUGUAAAGCUCUGUAGAGCUGGGUUAAGUGCCACGGUUCUACUCUAUAAAAAAAACGCUGCUGCAAAAUGAGAUACAUUGUAAUUACAAGCAUUACAUCUUAAACUAAGUGGUUAACGUCAAAAUGGUUUUUGCCACAAUCAAACCAUUUAUGAGUUUACAUCUUUUUGAGGCUUAGGUUCUGAGUUUUUAUUAUAAUUUAAUGAGUUAAAUGAGUAACUUUAAAUGACGUUAAUUAAUAGUCUGCUGGGGUUGCAUAACAGUGGAAAACUAGGGCAUUUCAUGAUCUUAUGUACAUUUCCUGAUACGGGCUUUAAAUGACAGAAGGGAAGAAAGCAGAAGAAGAAUGCUUGAAUUUUCCUAUAAGCAAUUAAUUCUGUGAAGUUCGACUCAUUUCCACGAAUCCAUUCUUUCGAACAGUUCAUUCCGAACACCAGUUCAAAAAUCGAUUCGGCUUAUUUUACUUCAUGAUAUUUUUACACCCUGAAGGUGUGGAAACUUACUUAAAAUUCCUUAUAUAUAUAUAUCCGUAUAUUUAACGUUUACUGCAUUUUAGUAACGUUAUUCGUUCAGUGAGUUGUGAGUAGACUCAAUUAACGGCUCCGCCUGACUCGUUCGGACUUCAACCGAUUCAUUAAAAAGACCCCACACAAAACAACGGGUUAUUCACCGGUAAUCCAGUCAGUAUUUUUCCAGUGAGUGCUGAAGUUUGGCUCGAGUCCCUUUGCUUUUGUCUCAUUCAUGCGUCAUCUGCACGACGGUUAAAACGGGGCUUUGAGAAGUUUUUUUAGAUAAAGCAUGAAAGAGCAGCAGUAGCCUAGGACUCGUUGACUGUUGUGCACACGUGGAUAGCUGUUGUUUUAGGAGGUCUUUUGUACAGGUGUGAUGAAUCAACCAAAUAAUUUCUCAUUUAUCAUUACACUUGCACACUUACAUACUGAAUGCAUUGUUUUCUCUUGCGAUAAAGUAGCAAUGAAUGUGUAGCAAGACUGUUUGUAUUAUGACAGUAUUCUGUGGCAGGCAAACAAUGAUUCAAUUUUGAACCAUUUUUAUUGUUGUCAAAAGUACAUGUAGUCCUGCUAAGCUUGUUAGAUCCAGGAAGAUCUUGUUUUCAACUGUAUGUAACAUAACAUAAGAUUUUGGGGCAUCACGUUCUCGUUCACUCACAGCUGGCCCCUCAUAGACGUCACCGCCGACUCCGCUAGAACUUACGGUACUUACGCAAGGCCACGCCCCCGCAUACAGAGACUUGCGUCAGGACACGCCUCCUCUAUAAGAACAAGUGCCAAGCCACGCCUCUUAGCGGAACGCGAUCUCUAGCCUCCUCCCCCUGCCUUUUAAAUAGUUGGAACAGUAGUGUAGGAGUUCAGUAGCGCUUUGUGUCGUUUUGGUUACGGGCCCCGAGUGGAAAACUACAGCAAUGACAAUCCAAACGGAGACGGGCGUCCCAGCUCAAGACUUGACCUACUCUAAAACAAGAGGACUAGUAGCUAAUCUCAGUGCCUUUAUGAAACAGAGAAAGAUGGGACUGAAUGACUUUAUCCAGAAGCUUUCCACCAGCUCUUAUGCAUGCAAGCAUCCUGAGGUUCAGUCCAUCUUGAACUUGACACCUCCACAAGAUGCUGAGCUGAUGAACAGCAACCCUUCCCCACCGCCAAGUCCUUCUCAGCAGAUAAACCUCGGCCCUUCCUCCAACCCCACCGCCAAACCGUCAGACUUCGACUUCCUCAAGGUCAUCGGGAAAGGCAGCUUUGGAAAGGUUCUUCUGGCCCGCCACCGGAGCGAUGAGAAGUUCUAUGCAGUCAAGGUGCUGCAAAAGAAAGCCAUUUUAAAGAAAAAAGAGGAGAAACACAUCAUGUCUGAGCGGAACGUGCUACUGAAGAAUGUCAAGCAUCCUUUCUUGGUGGGCCUGCAUUACUCCUUUCAGACUGCUGAUAAACUCUACUUUGUACUGGACUACAUCAAUGGCGGAGAGCUGUUCUAUCAUUUGCAACGGGAGCGAUGCUUUUUGGAGCCCCGUGCACGGUUCUAUGCAGCCGAGAUCGCAAGCGCUUUGGGGUACCUGCACUCACUGAACAUAGUGUACCGAGACUUGAAGCCUGAGAACAUUCUCUUGGAUUCUCAAGGACACAUCAUCCUGACUGACUUCGGCCUGUGCAAAGAGAACAUAGAACCCAAUGGAACAACAUCAACUUUCUGUGGAACACCAGAGUAUUUGGCACCGGAGGUGUUACACAAGCAGCCAUAUGACCGGACGGUGGACUGGUGGUGUUUGGGAGCAGUGCUGUAUGAAAUGUUAUAUGGCCUGCCUCCGUUCUACAGCCGUAACACAGCAGAAAUGUACGAUAACAUUCUGAACAAGCCACUGCAGCUUAAGCCCAACAUAUCUAACGCUGCCAGACACCUGCUGGAGGGCCUGCUGCAGAAAGACAGAACCAAGAGACUAGGCUUCACUGAUGACUUUACUGAGAUCAAGAACCACAUGUUCUUCUCUCCCAUAAACUGGGAUGAUCUAAAUGCCAAGAAGCUCACACCUCCCUUCAACCCCAAUGUGACGGGGCCUAAUGACUUACGGCACUUCGACCCUGAGUUCACCGAUGAGCCAGUGCCAAAUUCAAUCGGCUGCUCCCCGGACAGCGCUCUAGUCACAGCCAGCAUCACCGAGGCGGCCGAGGCUUUCUUAGGCUUCUCUUACGCCCCUGCCAUGGAUUCCUACCUGUAGCCCAUCGACGCAGAAACGCCAUCCCAUAGACUCUUUCCUGUAGCUCAUUACCAUGGAAACACAGUCCCAUGGAAUCACACCUGUAGUGCAUCACUAUGAAAAAAGCAAACCCUGUCUCAUUCCCUUCCUCCAGAUAGGGGGCAUUUGCACAUGGCGUACGGCAGCUCAAAAGGCCUUUGUUAAAAGGCCUGAGUUUUACACAUUAAAAAAAAUGACUUGUCAUCUUCAUUGACUGCAUCCAAAUGCACGAUUUCUCCUCCGCUUUCACCCCGGGUUGUGUCAGAGAGACAGAUGGGGAAAGAGAGAGAGAGAGAGAAGAUUGAUGCUGAUGGACGAUUGUUACGUACUUUUCCUUUCUUGAGGUUUAUUUCCAGCUUAUUUACUUUGAUAGGAUUGUCAGUGCUAGACUUCAUUGUUUUGGAUGGAUUUGAUGUGUGUGUAUGUGCCUUCGUUUUAACACCCCUUCACACAUGUUUGUUUAAUCUAAAUCAUGUGAUCUGGCAUGUCAGUCUGUGUCGGAUAUAAAUACAGUCAACCUGAUGCUAAAACCACUAAAAUAUGUCAGCAUCUGAUGUUUUUGUGAUCUUUCAGUUGCAUAUCUGGGAUCAAGUUGCACAUUUAUCUUCCUAAUUUAAAGAGCACUUCCUUUUUUAUGUUUUCCUUGUUAAAGUGGAAGGUGCUAGAGGGAUGUGCUGCUGAUUUGUGUAGAUACACACUUGGACCAAGGAAUCAGACGCCUCUGUUUUACCUUAGUCUUCCAGCCUCCUAGGAUGUACAGUAAUUGUACAGCUCAGAAAUGGGCCAGUUUGUCUGAACAUCGCAUUCCAUGGAAUAUGACUGUAUGGUUAUUUAAAUUUGUUUGUAUAUUUUAAGGUCUAUGUAUUAGUUUUAAUGUAUAUGGAACAAAAACUUAAGGUAUGCUUAUAUGUAACUAUAAAUGUACUGUAAAAUUGUAAAAUGUUUGAAUCAUGUGACCUUGUUUGGUUCACAAUAAAACUUUAUGGUUAUUUUUCCCCAAAACAA